GUGUGGGUGUCAAACGGAGCUAGAAGCGGCGGCGGCUCCGCUGGCUCCCGUCGCUCCCGCCUCCUCAACGCUAGUGGCGGCCGCAGCCGCGCAUCCGGGUCGGCCCGGAGGAGCGCAGGUCAUGGCUUCCAGCUUCUCGGACCUGAGGCUCCAACAGAGGAAAUGACCGUCAGGGACCCUGCUCCAGACCCAUUACGGAGACUGAACCUUCACGGGGUGCGAACCUGCCUGGGACAGGGAAGCUUCUCUCUUUGAAGGGCUUUACAUUUGUCGCAGAGAAAGUAAAGAUGACGACUUCGUCUAUCAGACGGCAGAUGAAAAACAUCGUGAACAAUUACUCGGAAGCCGAAAUAAAAGUCCGGGAAGCCACGUCCAACGACCCGUGGGGCCCGUCCAGCUCCCUGAUGACGGAGGUCGCGGACCUGACCUACAACGUGGUGGCCUUCUCGGAGAUCAUGAGCAUGGUGUGGAGGCGGCUCAACGACCACGGCAAGAACUGGCGGCACGUGUACAAGGCGCUGACGCUGCUCGACUACCUCAUCAAGACGGGCUCGGAGCGCGUGGCCCAGCAGUGCCGCGAGAACAUCUUCGCCAUCCAGACCCUGAAGGACUUCCAGUACGUCGACCGCGACGGCAAGGACCAGGGCGUCAACGUGCGCGAGAAGGCCAAGCAGCUGGUGGCCCUGCUGAAGGACGAGGAGCGGCUGAAGGCCGAGCGGGCCCAGGCGCUCAAGACCAAGGAGCGCAUGGCCCAGGUGGCCACCGGCGUGGGCAGCAGCCAGCUCGCCUUCGGCCGGGGCUCCAGCCAGCCCAACCUCUCCACCGGCUGCUCGGAGCAGGAGCACGGCAAGGCCGGGGGGUCGCCGGCCUCCUACCACGGCUCACCGGAGGCCUUGCUGUGUCCCCAGCACCGCACAGGGGCCCCGCUGGGUCAGAGCAAGGAGCCGCUGCUGCUGAGCCAGCGCCCGCCCUUCCUGCCCUGCCCGCCUGUCCCGGGGCUGCCCUCCUGCUGCGCUGGCGCCCAGGUCCAGCCCUGCCUCGCUUGUGACUUUGCCUCCCCCGCAGCCACCUCCCCACGGGUGUCCUCGGAGCUGGAGCAGGCGCGGCCGCAAACGAGCGGGGAAGAGGAGCUGCAGCUGCAGCUGGCGCUGGCCAUGAGCAGAGAGGUGGCCGAGCAGGAAGAGCGCCUCAGGCGGGGAGAUGACCUCAGGUUGCAGAUGGCCUUGGAAGAAAGCCGCAGAGACACAGUUAAAGUUCCAAGAAAAAAAGAGCAUGGCUCCCACCCGCAGCAGACCACGCUGUUGGACCUGAUGGACGCGCUGCCCAGUGCGGGCCCUGCUGCCCCGAAGGCGGAGCCCUGGGGCCCUUCCGCUUCAGCCAGCCAGACCAACCCCUGGGGUGCUCCGGCAGCCCCCGGCAGCACUUCGGACCCCUGGCCGUCGUUCGGUGCCAAGCCAGCCACCUCUGUCGACCCAUGGGGGGUGCCCACUGGAGCCGGCACACACUCCGUCCCCAGGGGCUCCGACCCCUGGGCCGCCCCGCAGCAGCCAGCCCCCAGUGCCGGGAAAGCCGCUGACCCCUGGGCCGCAGCGUCGGCCGCCAAGCCCGCGUCCCCCUCUGGGGCUUUUGAUCUCUUCAGUAAUUUGAAUGGUACAAUUAAAGAUGACUUUUCUGAAUUUGACAACCUCCGAACUUCAGAAAAAGCAGCCAAGGCGGCCUCUCCGCCGGCCCAGAACAAUGGAACUACCAGCCCCGACCCCUUUGAGUCCCAGCCCCCGACCGUGGCCUCAAGCAAGCCCAGCGGCACCCGGAAAACCCCCGAGUCCUUCCUGGGCCCCAACGCGGCCCUGGUGAACCUGGACUCGCUGGUGACCAGGCCAGCCCCGCCGGCACAGUCCCUCAACCCCUUCCUGGCACCAGGUGCCGCCGCGGCCUCAGCCCCGGUCAACCCCUUCCAGGUGAACCAGCCGCAGCCGCUGACGCUGAACCAGCUGCGGGGGAGCCCAGUGCUGGGGAGCAGCGCGUCCUUCGGGCCUGGCCCGGCUGUGGAGCCCGUGGCUGUGGCCUCCAUGACGUCCGCAGCCUCCCACCCAGCUCUGGGGGCUGGCGGCUCCUCCCUGCCGCCGCUGGGCCCCGCCGCGAUGAACAUGGUGGGCAGCCUGGGCGUCCCGCCGUCGGCGGCUCAGGCCACCGGCACAACCAACCCGUUCCUCCUCUAGUGCCCGCGCCGGGACCCGCCGCAGAGCAUGCGUGCCGAGGACGCCGGGCAGGGGCUCUCGCCUGUGGGAUGGGGUCUGAGAGCGGGGUGGGUGUGCAGAGGGUGUCUUCGCGGUCCUGGCCCUCAGCCUGAGGGUCGAGAGGUGGCGGGCUUACUGAGGCGUCGUCACGCGGCACGUGGGUCCCCGAGCCUGUGUCGGGAGGGAGGGCCCCUGACCCAGCCUGGCCGCCGCCCCCCCACCUCCUCGCAGUGCGGGCCCAGCCCCCGUGGAGAUCCGCCGGCCCUCGGGGGCCUUGGAUGGGGAGGCGGCAGUGCUCAGUGCUGGCCCAGCCUCAGCCCCGGGCCUCUGGGAGCCCCCCUGCCCGGGACCUGGCGCCCACCCCCAGCCCUGGCGACCCCCUAGGCGUGGAUGGGAUGGAGUGCUGGCUCCCUCAGACACUGACCUUUGGGGGACACGGUUGUGCAUAUUUUACUUUUCUUUGACUCGUGUGUGAGUUCAAAGUAAACGCCACCACCGUGGAACAACUCUUGAAUUAAAUCCACUAGAGCAAGCUUUAAACUAACCUGAGCAUAACCCCGCCACGUGCUCCAUGCUUGUACACGUUUGCACAGAUUUUGUUUAGUACAGUUUCAUAUUUGAGUUUGCAGAAUUACCGAAUAGUCUUUUUUGGCUAAUAUUUUUAUAACGUCGUUCUUAUUUAACUGUCUAGUUUUGAUAGAAUUUACCAGGUCUGGCUGAAUUAAGAUACUGGCAGUGUCAUGUUAGUGGUGUAAAUCCUCUUAUUUAUGGUUUUAACUCUGUAAGAAAAUUUAACUAGGAAGAGACAAAAAAAUGCCUUAUGGAAAAAACUAAAGCAAAUUCUUUAUAGGAAAACAUAUGGGAAUUUGAUUAUGCAUAAAAGAUGAUGUUUAUUUAAAAGAAAAAAAAAAAGAAACUACAACAGUAACAAAAAAUCAUAGCCUCCAGUUGCCUUUUCUUUUAACUCCUUUUUUUGGUGGAUUACCAAACUGAUUGACUUUCAGCCUUUUUGGCUAGAUCCUAAGAGAGAGGCUAUUUUUCUUACUGAUGAACCAACGUGAAGAAAGUUAAAGACAAAAAUCUAACAUAUGAAUGUGACUCACCAGGUUUUAUCAGCUAACUCCUUUUUGUGACUGAAGGCAUGCACAGUUAACAAGACUUCGUUUACAGUGGGAACGUGGGAUGGAGGAGACUUCUGGAACCCUGUGUCUGGGACCCUCUCUGUCUUACUCCACACUCAGGGUAGAGGUGGGGACAGUGUGGGGGGCGGUGCAUGUCGGGGGCAGCCCAGGCUGACAGGGUGAGUGAGGGCCCAGGGCUGGCCCCGACCUACGCACCUGCCCUCCAGACACCCGUUGCAACAUAGAAGUAAUCAUCUCUUACUUGGCAGAGGAAGAAAAAUCAUUCUCACCCAGAAGAGAUUUUUAGCGAACGUGCACUAAUCUUACCUCCCUCUCCCCUGCUUUCCUCGCCCCACCCACCAGUAUAAAAAAGUAUUAGGUAAGUCACAAAUUAAAGACCAGAAGAGACUUGCUUCUCCCCAGGGAAGGGCCAUUUCCCCCGAGUCCUGUGUCUGUCUGGUCAGCCGGCCUGGCGGGCACCUCAGUCUCACUCUACGUGGCGGACGUCUCACCUCUAGCACCAAGGGCAGCUGACAGCUGGGGGUCUCUCCUGGGGGUCUCGGGCCCCUCCACCCCUCUCUGGUUCCGGGAGCUCUGAGCCUUAGCGCUGGGCACGGGAGGCUGACUCAGAACUGCCUGCUCAGGCCACUCCUGUUGCCACGUACAAGAGCUCACCCGUGCUCCUCCCUGGGGCUACCUCCGGCCCAGACCUCCUGCCCAGCCCCUGAGACCUGGGGCUGGACCAUGGGCUCCAGAGUCACCCACGAAGGCCGGUCCGGCCUCUCCCAGCAGCCUGGAGGAGGGUGGGGCAGGGCGGGGCUCGGGGCAAGGUGCUCCCCCGGGGAGGUAGGGGCCGACCCCCUCACGGGGCACAGGACCACGCUACUGGGGUCAGUGAUUUCUCGUGAGUGAGGAGCCCUUGCCGAUGGGACUUUAAGGCCCCGAUGUUACAGCCAGUGGGCCACCCAGGCCCAGGCAGACUCCCGCGCCAGCUCCCGGCUCAGGCCCACCCCCAGGCACCUCGUCCGUGUUGCCCGUUGCACUGAUCAUGAAGCCACUGGUGCUGCCACGCGUGUGAGACACGUGCCAUCAAGCUCCCUCCUGCCGGGCACCGUGGUAGGGGUGUUGCCCAGCCGUUUUCUCAGUCCCAGGGGUGGGUGGCCGGUUUGGAACUUGUGUUGACUGUUGAUACUUAUUCACCGUAUAAAUAUAAUUUAUCAUUUGUAUCACGA